CCUGCGGGGAGCUCAGGCGCGGCGGCGGCUCCGGCAGGUGGAGGCCGCAGGGCGGCGGUGCGGCGCGGUGGUUGCGGGGCACGGACGGACGCUCUGUCAGGCCGGGGGAGGGCCCGGCGAGCGGCCGCGGGGCUGCAGCAGCGCCUCCAGUAGAGCAGGAGCUCUCAGAGGGCAGGGGGUUGGCCAGCCCCCUCUGCGCCCUGCCCCAGCCCCUGCCUGAGUUGCAUCCCGGACCAGCUGCUGUCCGCCUCCCCACUCCCAGUCUACCCUCUCGCCUCCAGCCAUGGCGCCCCUGCUCGCCCUGUUCCUGGUGGCCCUGGUGGGCCUACCUCUGGCCCAGGCUCUGGACUGCCACGUGUGUGCCUACAACGGGGAGAACUGCUUCAACCCCAUGCGCUGCCCGGCCAUGGUCACCUACUGCAUGACCACACGCACUUACUACACCCCAACCAGGAUGAAGGUGAGCAAGUCGUGUGUGCCCAGCUGCUUCGAGACUGUGUACGAUGGCUACUCCAAGCAUGCGUCUACCACCUCCUGCUGCCAGUACGACCUCUGUAAUGGCGCCGGCCUUGCCGUACUGGGGACCCCGGCCCUGGCCCCCAUACUCCUGGUCACCCUCUGGGGUCUGCUCUAAAGCCCCCCUCCCAGCCCCAUUCAGGGACAAGGCUCUGAGAAGCACAGCCCCCCGCCUUGCCCCCCCACCCCACACACCCCACCUACCCUGUGCUCUCCCUGAGACCCCAUCAGUCACCCCCAGGACUGUCUGCAAGAGGACUCUUGACCUCCCCCAACCACCAUGGGGCCUGGCUCCCAGGUGAAGACCUUUCCUUUUCAAGGCUGGUGGGGACUGACCUCCCAGAGGUGGCUGGCGUUGGUGGGAGAGCUCAGCCCCUCCUCUGUCCAAGGAUGAGGGCGUCUGGCAAAGUGUGCUGUCUGUGGGCGGUCCUCCGUCAGCCAAGACACACUGAUUUGAAGGGAGACGUGCCCCACCUUCCUGGCAGCCCUGGGGUCAGGUGAGGGCCAUGUGAGAAAGGCCUUUGUCCCCGUCAGCUGUCCUAGGGAGGAGUGCCAGGCCCAUGUGUCCAGGCAGCGCUUAGCAGCCGGGCGGGUGGCUCGCCUAAAGAGGCCUUGCAGCCCUUCCAGCACCAGAGUCGGUUCUGGGUCUGGCGAGGGGUCCUUCUCUUCUUGCUCAGUCAAACCCUUGACCUACCCCAUUCCCCACCCGGGCGAUGGUCUGUGCGCAGGGCCUGGGACUGGCAGGCACGGGGGCGGGACGGGCAGGUCAAGUUAUAUUUGGUCGGACGA